GUGUUAUGACUUUGAGUGUUAACCGAGAUACGAACAAGGUCGAUCAGCACCCAUGGCACGGCAAAGCACUGGCUCCGUCGUCGUCAACAUGCUGCUUCUAGCCUUGUGUUGCGCCACAACCUCCAUCGUCCGAGGCGACGGCACCGAGUGGAUCGUCGGCGGCAACAAGGGGUGGACCUUCGGCGUCGCCGGAUGGGAGAACGACAAGCACAUCCAGCCCGGCGACAAGCUCGUGUUCAAGUACGAACGGGGAAAGCACAACGUGGCGCAGGUGGACGUGAGAGGGUACAUGGAGUGCAAGGCCCCCGAGGGCACCAAGAUCUACUCCUCCGGCAAGGACACCUUCGAGAUGCCCGGCGGCAAGGCCUACUGGAUCUGCACCUUUCCUGGCCAUUGCGAGAAAGGCAUGCGGAUCGGCAUCCCGCCAAGAUAAAUUGAUACAUAGUCGUGAGUCCAAGUAAUUGGACAGCACAAAUCACUCUAGAGCACCUAAUAAAUUGAUGUUUUUUUCUAUAGCAGCCUUAUCUGUAAAAAAUUAAGUGUCGAAAGCGAUCCGCUUAAUUAAAUUCUCUCGAUCUAUCGCGGCAAGCCGCUAGCUGCAGCUGCUGGCUUGAUUAGCGGCAACAAGAAAGUUACCUCCGAUCCUGAUUGUGAAUUGCUUGCUACUCCAG